UCAAUUCUCACCAUUCAAAAUGUUCAUUGUAAAAAUCUACAAUUGUUCUUAGGUUACAGGUAUCAGGUAAAUUGAGUUCUAAUUUAUAUAUCUAAAAUUCAAAUCUGACUAGUCAAAAUUAAAUUAUUGAUAUGUCAGCUUGGAAUUUUAAAUAGUAAGAAUGUAAUUUUAGAUAUCUAGAAUUGUAUUUCAGAUAUUUGAAAUAUAGUCUCGCAUAGCCAGACCUGUCCAUCAAACUUCUCUGGGUUGUUUGUAUUUCUUUAAACCAAUCUAGUGUUGGGGGAAACUUGCUUUGGUGGAACAUUUGCCGGUGCAUGUAGGGUAGUCUGUCUCUACACAUCAUUAUUCUGGUAUAAGGGGGAAAAGAUGAUCUGGGUUGUAUAUUUCUUUAAACCAAUCAGAAUCGUCUAGGGCGGUGCUAGGCAACAGGAUGCAGCUCCGUCGCCUUGGAAACGAGAUAACGCACACCGGAAGUGGCGGACAAUGAAAUUAUACCCACAGUCUACAUCCGGUGUUGGUGAGUUGAAGCUUCAACCUUCAACAUGGAUAAAUCUCCACAUAAACCACUAAAAGACGCGUGUCGUCUGUGUGACACGACCUUUAAUGAUAUAAAGGAGAGACAUCAGUUGUUGUUCGGAGCUCUGGAGGUGAAACCAGCCUAUACUGUAGCUCUGGAGGAGAUCACUGGACCGUUACAGACCUCAGAUGAGUUCAUAUCAGUCUGCGGCUCCUGCAGGACGCUGUUGGACAGAUAUCACACCAGCUGCUGUGAGGUGGAGCGCAUCGGCUCGUUGGUGAAGAAACUGACUCAUAAUAACCCCUCUGACAGAGUUAAAGGAGGCUUAAAUGAAGUUAAAUCAACUCAGACUGAAGACAGCAGCAGCUGUGACACCAGAAAACAGAUCAAAGUGGAGCCAGAGAGUCCUGAGAGACUCUGCUGUUCAGAGGCAGCUGUUAGCCAGACAGCAGGACAUUCAGCCGUUGAGACGAGCAGUAGCAGGCCACAGCCCCAAUCCCAGUUUCUCCUCCAGUCCCAGCAUGCACCUCAGCUACCUGUUCAGGCUUCUACUGAAGGAGCAGUGAGGAGGAAACCUGUCACUGUGGCUCCAGUAGUUUGGUCAGCUCAUUCAGUUCAGUCUGCCGUCUGUAGUCUGAAACCCAGACCUCAGCCUCAGUCCCAGCUCCAGUCCAGACAUCUAUCUCAGCCAACUGCCCUGUCGUCUGAUGAUGGAUCAGUGAGGAAGAAACUGGUCACCAUCACCCCAGCACUGCACUCACAGCCAGUUCAGGCAGCUGUUAGCCAGACAGCAGGACAUUCAGCCAUUGAGACGAGCAGUAGCAGGCCACAGCCCCAAUCCCAGCUCCUCCUCCAGUCCCAGCAUGCACCUCAGCUACCUGUUCAGGCUUCUACUGAAGGAGCAGUGAGGAGGAAACCUGUCACUGUGGCUCCAGUAGUUUGGUCUGCUCAUUCAGUUCAGUCUGCCGUCUGUAGUCUGAAACCCAGACCUCAGCCUCAGUCCCAACUCCAGUCCAGACAUCUAUCUCAGCCAGCUGCCCUGUCGUCUGAUGAUGGAGCAGUGAGGAAGAAACUGGUCACCAUUGCCCCAGCACUGCACUCACAGCCAGUUCAGGCAGCUGUUGAGAUGAGCAGUAACAGGCCACAGCUCCUCCUCCAGUCCCAGCAUGCACCUCAGCCACCUGUUCAGGCUUCUACUGAAGGAGCAGUGAGGAGGAAACCUGUCACUGUGGCUCCAGUAGUUUGGUCGGCUCAUUCAGUUCAGUCUGCCGUCUGUAGUCUGAAACCCAGACCUCAGCCUCAGUCCCAGCUCCAGUCCAGACAUCUACCUCAGCUAACCGCCCUGUCGUCUGAUGAUGGAGCAGUGAGGAAGAAACUGGUCACCAUCGCCACAGCACUGCACUCACAGCCAGUUCAGAAUCAACUGGAUGGCCGCCAUACCGUGACAGGAUUUGGUCAAAGCACACCAUCACUUUACCCUGCACUGACUGCAGCAGAGUCCAUGGGACAUGGUGCAUCAACACUGUCUGCAAGCACAAGAGUACCGAUGAGUAAACAAUCAAAGAUCAUCAUAAGAACGCCAUUCUCCGUGAGAAGUCGGAUCGUUCGCGGACCUUUGGAGCGGGUACUGGAGAACAUAGUUAAAGGACGCCUCAACAGAAUUCCACAUGCAAUUAUGUCUGUCCCCGGACUGUUUGAUGCUGUGGUCAAAGAGGUGCUUGACGUUAUCAAAAAGGAGUGCAAGAAGCUAACGAGCCUUAAAUUCACAUCUAUUCUCCGACAGACCAGCAUGAAAGACUUAAACAACUUCAAAUGGAUGGAUGUUGUUGCAGAAUGGAGGAUGAACGCACCAACCUAUCUUAAGUUCUUAGAGUCUGCAAGUUCUGUCUCCAUGGAGGCCGCUACGUCAAGAAUACGGCCCGUCUCUCACAGCAAGACCAAUAAAUACAAAUUACCGAUGGCCGGGGCAAUACUCCUAAACGCACGCUGUUCAUCAAUGUCAGCACAUAUGUACAGGAAUGCUAUGUUUAUAUGCCGUGGCGGAGCAAAAAGACGUUUUCAAAGGCUAAACCAACUGGGUGUCUGCAUAUCUGAUGGUAGGGCUCUUGCAAAGCUGAAAGAAAUGGGACAAACAUGGGACAGCAACUUCCUCCAAUGGAAAGAAAGUGUAUGCCAAGAGGACACGGCAUCAAACCCUGCCUCUGAAGGAGCAGACAGCAGCGAGUUCACAGCUUCAGAUGAAUGCCAGGACAAUGCUGAAAACAGGAUGUCACCAGAGCAUGCAGCAUCUAUUAAGAUUGAAUCUGAUGUCAUGACACCAUGCAAACUGUGUUCUGAUGAUGAAGAUGAGGUAUUUAAAAUACAAUUGUAGCUUGUAACUUAGAAUAGACCAUGGUGCAGAUUAAUUUAGGAAAAGUAUUUGAUUUGUGUCUUUUUUUGUAUUUUAUUUGCAUGUUUUGAUUUUGUAGAUAUUUUGUAUUUAUUAUUUUUAUAUUAAUAUUAUUUUGCAUAUAGGAGUUGAUUUGUUGACCAAAACGUGAAAAUCUUUCAUGUAUAAAAAUAAAUCAAUAAAAUACUAUUUACAAAAAUAAAA